GGAGCUGUCUAUAGUUCGCCAACUCGCUGUGUGGGUGCUGGUAUUGUGUGUCAUUGUCAGGUUUUGCGAGAGUAGCGAGAAACAGAACUGGUUUGUUUCGCAGGAGGAUCCCUUAAUGUCCCUUCAUAAUUACCCUGUAAGUGUGCCCUUUCAUGAAGGAUGCGCUUGACCUCUUGAACCCUGACGAAAUCGUUGGUGUAGCUGUCGAGGCCUGCGUCACACAACACACACACAUAUGUGCUCGUGCAGAACACGCAGCGCAGUCACCCUUACACUGCUUGAUGGUGCGGUACAUGUUCUGCCGGUCCUUCAUCAGCUCCGUCAUGUUGAGCUUGGUGAGGGACACGGUUCCUGAGCAGAGCUCGGGGAGCGGGGGCGGGUCGCCGCCUGUCCUCUUGCCGAGGAACCAGGUUGGGUCGAUGGGCAUGGCGGUGACGGGCUUCAGCAGCACACAGCGGCUCUCUCGCCUUUCAGCUUCUCUCUUCAGGAGCAGCUCCUUCUCCUC